AUGAAACCUUUGAAAUUGAUUGGAUAUUUACCAAGUGUGAUAUUAGGUUUAUUAUUAAAUAUUCUUGAUGGGUUAUCAUACGGUAUGAUUAUUUUCCCAAUUGGUGAAAAAGUGUUUUCUCAUCUUGGUUCUGCUGGGCUAUCAAUGUUUUAUGUUUCUUGUAUUGUUUCACAAUUGGUUUAUUCAUUGGGUGGCUCAGCAUUUGGUGCUGGUAUCGGUAGUGAAAUGAUUGAAGUUACUCCAUUUUUCCACGGAAUGGCUCUAAGUAUCAUGCAUGAGAUUGGUGAGGAUCAACCUGAUAAAAUCAUUUCCACCACUAUCACAACUUAUGCUAUAAGUUCAAUGAUUACCGGGUUAAUUUUUUUAAUGUUGGGUAAAUUCAAAUUGGGUCAACUGGUUGGAUUUUUCCCUCGUCAUAUCUUGAUUGGUUGUAUUGGUGGUGUUGGUUAUUUUUUGGUUAUAACAGGUAUUGAAAUCAGUUCAAGGCUAGGUGCUUUUGAAUAUAAUUGGGGUUAUUUAAGUACUUUAUUACAAGGUGAAAAUCUGAUCAAAACUAUAACACCAAUACUAUUAACUGCUGGUUUGGUUGUAUUACAACAUUAUAACCAUAAUUCAUUAAUAUUACCAUCAUAUUUCAUUGCAGUUUUCGUUUUGACCCAUAUUUUAAUCAUUUUAAUUCCAUCAUGGGAUCUUCCAUCUUCAAGAAAGCAUGGCUAUAUGUUUUCUUCAGGCUCAAAUGGUGAAUCAUCAACAAAUGAAGCUUGGUAUGAAUUUUAUAAAUUAUACAAUUUCAAAAUUGUGGAAUGGUGGAUUAUUGUUAAACAAGUUCCUUCAAUGCUUGCUCUAACUUUUUUUGGUAUUUUACAUGUUCCAAUUAAUGUUCCAGCCUUGGCUGUUUCAACAAAACAAGAUAAUGUUGAUGUUGAUAGAGAAUUGAUUGCACAUGGUGUUUCUAAUCUAUUAAGUGGUGCAAUUGGUAGUAUUCAAAAUUAUUUGGUUUAUACUAAUAGUUUAUUGUUUAUUCGUGCAGGUGCAGAUUCAAGAAUUGCUGGUAUCAUGUUGGCAAUCGCAACUUUUUUGAUAUUAAUCAUUGGUCCCGUUGUUAUUGGAUUUAUACCUGUUUGUGUGGUUGGCUCUUUGAUUUUCUUAUUGGGUUAUGAGUUAUUGAAAGAGGCUGUUUGGGAUACUUGGAGUAAAGUUUCCACAGUUGAAUACUUAACAAUUGUUGUUAUUGUGCUAACUAUGGGUGUCUAUGAUUUUGUUAUUGGUAUUUUAGUUGGUAUCAUUAUUGCAAGUUUCCAUUUCCUUUAUGAAAAUACCAAAAUUCCAAUCAUUUAUAGUCAAUACACUGGUGAAGUGGCAAGAUCAACUGUUAUUAGACAUCCCCUACAAAAACAAUUUUUAAGUAAAAUUGGGAAACAAAUUUAUGUUUUGAAAUUACAAAGUUUUUUGUUCUUCGGUACAAUUGGUAAAAUUGAGAAAACUGUUCGUGAUUUGUUUGAAGAGGAAAAUUUACACAAGAACCCAAUAAGGUAUUUGAUUUUAGAUUUCAAAAAUGUUUUGAAUGUUGAUUUCAGUGCAGCUGAAGGGUUGAAUCGUAUCAAGAAUUUUAUUAUUGAACAAAAUGCUUAUAUGAUCAUUUCAAUUGGUGAUAAGGAUAAUAUUUUAACAUCAUUGAAAAAUGUUGGUUUAUUCGAUCAUGAAAAUGAAGCUAUGAUUUCUAAAUUACAAGUUUUCCAAGACUUGAAUGCUUCUUUAGAAUGGUGUGAGAAUGAAUUUUUAACUAAAUUUAAACAAUAUCAAAAAUAUAAAAAAGUUGAAGCUUCAAUGUCAAUUCCAACAUCAUCUUCUGAAGAUAAUCAACAUUUACAAGUCAAUAAAUACGCUGCUUUACCAAUAAAUACACCAAGAAACACAAAUUUCAUUAAAGAAGCUCAACAAUAUAUCAAAAAGGAAUCAAGCAUUAUUCAUAAACCUUUAAGAUCAACUUCAACUUCCACCAAUGUUGAAUUACAAGAACCAUUACCAUUAUUAUUAUUUUCAUUACAAGGAUUAUCAAAUAAAGAUGAAUCGUAUUGGAAGAAAUUGGUUCCAUUUUUUGAAAAAAGAAUCAUUAAUGCAGAUGAAGAAUUACAUAUUGCACCAACAGAGUCAUUUUUCGUUUUAAUGGAGAGUGGUGUUUUAACAGUUACUUAUUAUAUUAAUUCAAGUGCAAACAUUUAUGAAACUUUAUUACCAAGAACAAUCAUUGGAAGAUUUAAUGAUGAUGUUGUUAGAAAAGAUCGUUAUAAAUCAGUUUUGAAAGCUAAAGCUAAUACCACAAUUUGGGUUUUGAAUGAUACCAAGUUGAAUAACUUGAAACAAAACAAGAUUGAGCUCUAUAAUGAAUUAUUGUUGAUUGUUGUUAAAUUGAAUGAUGAAAGAUUUGAGAAUAUCACAGGUUACACUUUGAUUUCAACAUGA